GUCGGGAGCCCUCAGGACUCGCCACACAACUCCUGCGCAGCUAGGACAUCUAAGAUUACUGCAAGUUUAAGAAUCAAGAUGAAGACGUUUGUGGUUUUGGCGGCUUGCGUUAUGUUAGUUCAGGCGUCAGGUCUGACUGAUGAACAGAAGGAGAAAUUGAAGAAGCAUCGCUCGGAGUGCCUCACGGAGACCAAGGUGGACGAACAGCUGGUCAACAAGCUCAAAGGAGGAGACUAUAAGACGGAAAGCGAGCCCUUGAAGAAGUACGCUUUAUGCAUGAUGAUGAAGUCUGAGCUGAUGACCAAGGACGGCAAGUUCAAGAAGGACGUCGCUUUGGCCAAGGUCCCUAACGCAGCUGACAAACCCACCGUAGAGAAGCUGAUUGACGCCUGCCUAGCCAACAAGGGUAACACCCCUCACCAGACUGCCUGGAACUACGUCAAAUGCUACCACGAGAAGGACCCUAAGCACGCGAUAUUUUUGUAAUUGCAGAACAUUAUCAGCCUUUGGUUUUUUCCAAAGAAUUUUCUGUUACAACCUCAAUUUUUGAACGGAUUCUGUAAUUUAAAUGAAGAACGCUCGCACGUCCGUACUGUUCGACGGUUAAUAAGCAACUGUCAAUUUUUGAAUUGAGAAGUGGUUAGAUAUUGUUUUUUUUUCUUAAUACCCUCGCUUUAAAAAUAAAAUUGUAAAUGCAAAGUACUGUUUAGGAAUAAUUUGGAAUACAGGGAUCAAUUUGAAGUAAGAAAUGCACUUAAAAUAAACUGCCUUAACGAAUUUAAUAAUUAGACCAACAAUAAAUGAAGAACAUCAUUGA